AUGAGCGCCCGACACGAGUACAGAUUUGAGGUGGUCAUGACCUGCUCCGGCUGCUCCGGUGCAGUGACGCGCGUCCUCUCCAAGCUCGACGGCGUCGACGAGUUCGACGUGUCGCUGGAAAAGCAGACGGUCGUCGUCAAGGGCACGGCGCCCUACGAGACGGUGCUGGAAAAGAUCAAGAAGACGGGCAAGGAGGUCAAGUCGGGCGAGGUCGUUGCUUGA